AUGGCUGAAGCAGCUCUAAUCAGUGGAUUGCUUUCAAACUUGUCACCUCUGAUUAAGGAUGAAUUCUCAUUGUUUUGGAGUUUUAAGAAGGAGGUUCAAAAGCUAUCGAGCACACUAUCUUCGAUUAGUGCCGUUCUUGAGGAUGCAGAGAGAAAGAAGGACAAGGACAAACAAACGGAAGAUUGGUUGCGGAAAUUGAAAGAUGUGGCGUAUGAGGUUCGAGACAUCAUGGAUGACUGCACCUAUGAAGAUCUUCGUCUUCAACUCAAAAGGCGCAAUGCCUCCUCUUCAACCCGGAACAAGGUAACCAACUCAAUAACCCGUCCUUUUAGCAAUCCUAUGACACGUCUAAAAGUUGGUCACAAAAUUAAGGAUGUUCAAAAGAAGCUUGACCAACUUUCUUUAGAACGCCAAAUGUUACAUUUGCAUGAAUCUAUUCAUGACUCAAAAUUUGACAAGUUUACUAGUAGUUGGCGUGAAACCAUCUCUCUUUCUAGUUGUAAUCGAGUUUAUGGGAGAGAUGAGGAGAAGAAAAAGAUUAUUGAUAUUCUAGUCAAUAAUACAUCUGGUGCUUGUUUGGAUAAAACACUAUCUGUUUUACCCAUUGUUGGAAUUGGGGGUCUUGGUAAAACAACACUUGCCCAAAUGGUCUUCAACGACGAGGAGAUUACUAAGCAUUUUGAAACCAAAAUCUGGAUUUGUGUUUCUAAUGAGUUUGACAUUAAAUUGGUGAUGAAAGACAUCUUACAAGAAAUGGCGGAAGCUAGCUUAGAAGAAUUGCUGAAAAAAGUUAAAAAAAAAUUGAGCGGGAAAAGAUAUUUGAUUGUAUUGGAUGAUGUUUGGAACGAAAACCUGAAUGAAUGGGAUCAGUUGAGAUCUAUCUUGGAUUGUGGAUCAAAUGGUGCGUUCGUCCUGACCACGACACGGAAAAAAAAUGUGGCAAAAAUUAUGGAAACGAUUCAACAUUUUCAGUUAUCAUUGCUUUCUAACGACGAUUGUUGGCUACUUUUAGAAGAGCGCGCAUUUAUGUGUGGAAUACUAAAAACUCAAAACUUUGUUGAUAUUGGAAAAGAAAUAGCUAGAAAAUGUAAAGGUGUUCCCUUAGUUGCCAAGACAUUGGGAAGUCAAUUGGCCUUCAAAAGUGAUAAAGAUGAAUGGUGUAAAAUAAGAGAUAAUGAGAUAUGGGAGAUAUCUCAAAAUGAAGAAUCUGAUCUCUUGCAUAUUCUAAGGUUGAGUUACUAUGAACUCCCUUAUCAUUUGAGAAGAUGCUUUGUGUUAUGUGCUAUAUUUCCCAAGGAUGCUGAAAUUGAAAAGGAGAAAUUAAUCCAAUUGUGGAUGGCCCAUGGUUUAAUUCCUAUGGUUGGAAACAAAGCAGUUGAAGAUAUUGGGAAUACAAUUUGGAACGAGUUGUAUUGGAGAUCCUUUUUUCAAGACGAGAAAUUAGAUCGGUCUGGACUUUAUGAAAUAUGUAAGAUGCAAGGUAUUAUGCACGAUCUUGCCCAAUCUUUUAUGAAAGAUGAAUGUUAUACAUUGGAUGCUAAUAGCUCAAGUGAUGGUUUCAAACGAGAAAUUCGUCAUAUAGCGGUAAUGGUUGAUAAAUUUGUCAAAACAUCAGUCGGUUCUCUUGAGAAAAUUGGAGGGUUGCAAUCACUAAUGCUGAAUGGCACAGAUGUCGAUGGAAAGCAGAUUUUUUUGAGUGUCUUGAAGAAACUUCCAGCUUUACGUGUCCUUGAACUAAGCUGCGAUGUGUCAGACAAUGAAUACUUCAAUGUGAUAUUGAACUACAUGAAUGAAUCGAAAAAGUAUCAAGAUUUGCGUUACGUGGGAUGUCUAAAACAUCUUAGAUACCUAGACAUAUCCGACUUUGAAACUCAAUCAUUGUUUUAA